AUGCACAACACAACACACAAAUGGGCUCUGGCUUUGCAAGCUGCGCACAACCUGCAUCAAGAGGGUUUGUGUGCCUGCUGGGCUUUCCUGCCACCAGCAAAGCAGAUGCUUAACAAUCGUGGGACACCUGCAUGGGGCACGGGAGAAGCUGCAUUCAGCGGCAGCGCGGCAUGGAAGGGAACUGGGUGGGGAGAGAGGCCGGAGAAGAACACGGUGAAAGGGAAGGGGAAUGUAGGAAACGGAGCGAGAGAAAACGGAAAUGUGAAAGGGGAAACGGGAAAGAGGGAACGGGGAAGGGGAACGGCAGGGAAAUGGAAAAGAGGGAACAGGAAAAGGGAAACGGAAGAGGGAACGGGAAAAGGAAAACGGAAGAGAGGGAACGGAGAAAGAAAAUGGAAGAGAGGAACGGGAAUGGGAGAGAGGGAAUGGGGGGGAAGGAAAUAUGAACAGGGGGAAGGAAAUGCGAACGGGGUGCGAACGGGAAAAAAGGAAAAGGAGCAAGAAACAGGGAACAAGGGAAGAAACAGAAAAGGAACAAGGGAACGAAAGAAAGGGAAUGAAUGA